GAGAGGCGGUGGAAAACUCGCGGUGUGUUCUCUCUGUAGCGAUGCUCAUUCAUCCCGGUGGAAACUAGGAGAAGAGUCGCUUUUAUCUCGCUGUGGGAUUGUAGCUGUAUUUUUUUUAACCGGAUUCGUUUCUUGACCUCUCUUCGUGCUCAGAGAUCGCAGAAUGCUGCUGGAUGAGUCUCCUCUUUUUGAGCCGUCUCUGCUUCAGGACCUGGACUGGACCUCCAACGCUGCGUCUUUCUCUCCCCCCAUCUCCCCCAGCAGCCCCGGAGACGGCCUGGUGCUCAGGCCGCUGUGCACCGCAGAUUUCAACAGAGGAUUAUUCAAGGUUUUAUCUCAGCUCACCCAUACGGGGGACGUCACAGCAGAGCAGUUUGCCAAGAAUUUCGAGCACAUGAAGAGGACUGGGGACUACUUCGUGGUGGUGGUGGAGGAUACAACUAUUGGACAGGUUGUGGCCACAGCCACUCUGAUCACGGAGCAUAAAUUCAUCCACUCCUGUGCCAAGAGAGGCAGGGUGGAGGACGUCGUCGUCAGUGACAUGCACAGAGGGAAGCAGCUGGGGAAACUGUUACUGUCCACUCUCACUCUUCUCAGCAAAAAACUAAACUGCUAUAAAAUCACGCUGGAAUGUUCACCCAAAAAUGUGGCCUUCUACGAAAAGUUUGGCUACGCGGCCUCGGACGAGAAGUACAUGCAGUGUCGAUUCUUUGACUGAAGAUCAGCUUCAAACGCGGUUUCGAUGUGGGUACGGACCAUGGUUUUUUUUUGUUUUUUUUUACGCUUACGAGACAUCAGCACUUGCAACGAAGAGCAUUACGAGCCGGGAAUGCUGCCAGCGGCUGUGACAGUGUCCCUGAACACUCACUCUGAUUUCAGCACACUUGAGUAAACAUAAGUCACCCGCCCCGCCCCUUUGGUAACUAUGGCUACCUCACCAGGGUGGACUCUGCCAUUACUCUCCCAUUCAUCACAAGAAGGAAACGUCACCUACUCUAAAGGAAGACUUUACCGACUCUGUUCCCCAUGUACGUCACCAAAUAAUCCAAGACAGGCGGGGCAGAUUUAAGGUCACAAUAAAAGCAGGGAGAUUAUGGUUCGUGUUUGUUUUACAGGUGUUGCCAAAGAGAAAGCGGCCCGUCGUUCUUUCCACGCCCUGAAACACUACUUUGUGUCAGAUGUUCGGGUUUAUUUUUCUAUUUUCGUGCUCGGUACAAUUCCCCAAUCUCAGCAGGUCUCUGGCUCUCGUACUGUUGGGCUGAUUGAUAAAACUGGAAUGAAGUUUUGAAGAGAGCAAAGCAUGAAGUACAACUGAACUGUUACGUGUAACUUUUCUCGUGCAUGAAAACUGACUUUGUGAAUCAGUGCUAAGGAACUCUGUUGAGACCUUUCAGUCGAACGUUUGUUUGGUUGAUGGGAUUCAAAUAAAACCAUUUUGUAUGAGGUGGUGGGGAUUCACAAUAUUCCUUCUGGAAAUUAGCUUUUGUAGCCAAUUUUUAUAAUUGUUAUUUUGGAGAACAGGGGAGAUAUUUAAUGUAAUUUAUUUCUACAUGUUAAUAGUAAAAAUAAAAUAUUCUAUGAUCUCUA